UUAUAAUGUUUACGCGCAACACCAUAUUUUGGCCGAAUCUCGUAAAAUAACUUGUCAACAACGUUCCUGAGAAGUUUAUAAUAUUGCUGCAGUAUUUUCCGAUGUUUAAAACCUGUCUGCUGUUGAUGUGCAUUAGUUCUGUUACUUGGUACUAAAGAAGACAGAGAAAUGCAAUUUUUAAAAUCAUUGCAUUCUAAAAACAUAAGUUUAAAAUAUCUGUUUAUCCGGAGAGAAUUGGCGACGAUAUUCAAUGGACACCAGCUGGCCAAUAAAAUUAAGAGAGAGGUUAAAGAGGAAAUUUUACUGAAUCAGAGUUUUAAAUCUUCAUUUUCUCCGCAGUUCGUAGCCAUCGCUGUUGGUCAUAAUCCUGCCUCUAAAAUAUAUUUGGAGAAGAAGCAAGAAGUAGCGGAAGAAUGUGGUCUAAAAGGACAGGUUAUCCAUUUAUCAGAAGAUACAUUUGAAUCCAAAAUACUUGGCCUAAUUCAUGAUCUGAAUGAGGAUCCCAGUAUUCACGGUAUAAUUGUUCAACUACCUUUACCUCUUCAUCUCUCAGAGAUACAAAUAUGUAAUGCAGUUCAUCCCUCCAAGGAUGUUGAUGGAUUUACACAAACUAAUCUCGGGAAACUUAUGCAGAAGACGACUGAAUCUACAAUACUGCCUUGCACCGCUCUAGCGGUUAAGAGAAUAGUUGAGGAGUUGAAAAUGAUUACUCUGGGAAAGAACGCGGUGGUUAUCGGAAGAUCGCAUAAUGUCGGUCUGCCGAUAUCUAUAAUUCUCGGUGCAGAUAUGACGAAAGGUGGGUUUGAUAUGACUACAGUUAGCUGUCACCGAGCCACGCCUACUCACCAGCUGACCAGGGCGUGUCUAGGGGCUGAUCUUAUAGUCUCUGCAGCCGGUGUCCCUGGCCUUGUUAAUAAAUAUUUAAUUAAACCUGGAUCUAUUCUAAUCGAUGUUGGUUUGAAUCGUAUCAGGACUGCUGCUGGUAAAAAUAUAGUGGUGGGAGAUAUGACGAAAGAUGUAAACGAGGUUGCUGGAGUGGUGACUCCUGUACCGGGCGGAGUUGGACCUUGUACAGUAGCUUGUCUUAUGUACAACACAUUGUUAGCGGCCAAACUUCAGAAUCUCUAGCCUUGUACAGAAUGUACACUGUAAACUGUACAGUACAUCAGGAUAUCAAGGUAUGUGAACAUUUAAGCAUCGAAGCCAAAGUCCUAGUCCUAGAAAAUAUUUGUGAUAACUUAAAUAUUUGUUGUAUCUAUAAUCUUUGAUUGGUAUAUAUUUACUUUAAACACACUUUUUGACAGUAUGGUUUUUACAGUUUUUUUUCGAUCGCAUAAUUUAAACUUUGUGGGAACCCAUAUUUUUUGUAGGAGGGUGUUUGUGUAAAAAGCUUCAAAUUUUUGUGUUUUCUUGAUAUUGUAUACCAACCACUGAACCAUUGCAUCCUUUCUUAUUUAUAAAAAUGAAGUCUGUACGCCAUACACUAUCCAAGGUCUUUUUUCAGCAUCGGAAACAAACUUAAAGAAAAUAUUAAGGAAAGUUUCGUUUUUAUAUGUUUUAAGGUCUCAAAUGUCUGCGCGUACCGACCGUAAUUUCCUUUUUAAAACAACCAAUGUUUCA